ACGGAYGGCAUGGCUGACUCGGUGCUGGAGUUGCGGCGCGGCCCCAGCCGCUCUACGUGGCUGCGGGUCCGCAAGGCCCGGCCCCAGCUCAUCCUCAGCCGCCGGCCCCGCCGCCGGCUCUGGACCCUGCGCUGGAGCGGCCGGCGGCGCCUGCGACGACGCCUGCUGCAGGCCCACGCGGCGGGCGCGGACUGGCGCGAGGACUCCGGCCAGUGCUCGCGCGCGCCGGCGCCGCGGAGACCCAAGGCCGCGGACCCCGAGCCCGAGCCCGAGCCCGAGCCCGAGCCCGGCCCCGAGCCGGAACCGGCUGCAUCCACGAAAGGCCCCCAGAACCCCCCCGCCUGGUCCGUGCGGCAGCUGGGCCCGGGCCGCGCGUUGAUGCUGCUGCCCGCGGAGCAGACUUUUACUUUUAGCGGGAUCUGCCGAUUGACUUGCCUCUAUGGCCAGGUGGAGGUGUUUGGUUUCCUCAUCAGCCAAGGCCAGCCUGCCCAAGAUAUCUUCUCUACCUAUACCCAUGCCUACCUGAACAUUAAUGCAGUUCAUUACUCCAUGUCUGAGAAGAGAGAGAAGGAGAUGAGAAAGGAAGCCCGGAUUUUGCUCAGAUCUCAUCUUAACUUGGAGGACAGAUGUUGGGCAAUGAAGAAUUUUUCUCCUUUGUGUUCCAUUGUGAUGCUAGAACGUGUGAAGAACUCCACUGUAAACUUCCUAACCAGCUAUCCAGGUUUAUCUUACAUUUUCACACAAGAGAUUUCAACUUUCCAGAUUAAUGCUGAAUAUUUUGCCUUGAAAUCUGUUGGCAUCAGAAAAGAGAAAAAGAAAAGAUCACUUAAUUUAAGUGUGAGUGCCCUGUCAGCCCUGGAGGAGUUGGUCAGUGUUUCUUCUGAAGAAGCAGAUGGCUGCCCUAUUGUUCUGGUCUGUGGCGCCCAGGACGUUGGAAAGUCAACAUUUAACAGAUACCUGAUUAACCAGUUGUUAAAUAGUAUUUCCUGCCUUGACUAUCUGGAAUGUGACCUGGGCCAGACCGAAUUCACUCCUCCGGGUUGCAUCUCUUUGCUUAAUAUUACGGAACCAGUUCUGGGACCACCGUUCACCCACCAGAGGACACCACARAAGAUGGUAUAUUAUGGGAAACCUUCUUGUGAGAACAACUACGAGAAUUAUAUUGARAUAAUAAAAUACGUGUUCAGCUCUUAUAAGAGAGAGUGCCCGCUCAUCAUCAACACUAUGGGCUGGGUGACAGACGAAGGGCUUCUGCUGCUCAUUGACCUGAUCCGGUUGCUGUCUCCCACCCACGUCAUUCAGCUCAGCUCUGCCCGGAGUAAACAGAUGGCUAACCUCACCCCGGAUUAUGUGGAUGACAUGGAUGGCUUGUAUACAAAAAGCAAGUCCAAAGUUAGGAACCGUGGCUAUGAACUUCCAGAAUUUGCAGAUAAUUUGGAAUUUGCUGACGAAGAUAAAGAGAGUUCAGUUUUUUUUACUGGACAUAAACUUAUAUGUGUUUAUUCAGAAUUUUCACCCAGAAAAUCUUCAAGGAAUAGGGAGUCACAUAACAGAAUUUUUCGAGAACUGGCAGUGUUAGGUUAUCUUAGCCAGCUGCUGCCCCCAGUGCCAAAACCACUCAGUCCUUUACAUGGCCUGACACCCUAUCAGGUCCCUUUCAAUGCAGUUGCCCUCCGGAUUACUCAUGCUGAUGUCGCCCCCACUCAUAUACUGUAUGCUGUGAAUGCCAGCUGGGUUGGACUUUGCAAGAUCCUGGAUGAUGUCAGAGGCUACACAAGGGGGCCCAUCCUGCUGGCACAGACUCCCAUCUGUGACUGUUUGGGGUUUGGGAUCUGUAGAGGCAUUGACAUGGAGAAGCGGCUGUACCACAUCCUGACCCCCGUGCCCCCAGAAGAAUUGAGAACUGUGAACUGUCUCCUGGUGGGGGUCAUUUCUAUUCCACAGUGCAUCUUCAAGAGCCAGCGAGGACCUGAAGGGACGAUUCCCUACGUCACAACAGAUUAUAAUUUUAAACUUCCUGGAGCAUCAGGGAAAAUUGGAGCAAGAGAAUUUGAUGAGACACAGGAAGGGCAAGUGAAUCGAAGACCCAGAUUCUAUCAGAAAAAGUAAACAAAUUUCAACAAGGGAAGAGAAGUUUGUACCAGGAGGCUUGGUGUGGAGCCUGAUACCAGCAGACCUGGUGGGUUCUGUGGCUAAUGAUGAUGCCCUUACGUACAGGUUUCCUGUGGAACUUGUGAGGGUUGUAUAUUGAAAAGCUGCAAGUUUCUCUCUUAACGCUACGUGGCCUAGAACAUGUCCCUGAUGUUUGUAUGGUUGAUCAUACUUGCAGUCUGGUGUUUUCUAAAGGAAUUUAAGGCAAUGAGCCAGUCAUGGUGCCACACCCCUGUAACCCCAACAACUCAGGAGGCUGAGGCAGGAGGUUUGCAAGCUCAAGGCCGGCCUCAGAAAGUUAGGGGACACCCUGUCUCAGAAUAAAAAAUAAGAAGGGGGGGCUGGAGUUGUGGCUCAGUGAUAGAACGCUUGCCUAGCA